CGGUUAACUUUUUGUUUUGAGUUUUAACCGUUAGCUAAAAAACUCGUUUGGAAAAGGAAUAUACCGCUUUGCGUAACAAACCCUAAAUUCCAACUCCCUUAAACCUCUCAGCCGCAGCCUCUUUCUUAUUCUCUGGCCUCUCAUCACGAUUUCCACCCCUUUAAUAACUGAUUCUGCUAAGGCCUUUGGUAUUUCCUUCCCUUCUCUUUUUUUUUCUCCAUUUUUAUUCAAAGAAUUUAAUCUCCAUUGAUAUUCAUUUUCUCUUACUACUCUUGUUCAGAUCCAUUCUAUUACAGGGCGACGCAGUUUCAGUCCAAUCAUGGCUCUGGUCUUACAUUCAGGAUUGCCAAACAAGAAUGCCUUUAAGGCACUUAUUGCGGCAGAAUAUAGCUGUGUAAAAGUGGAGGUUGUCAAGGAUUUUCAAAUGGGUGUAACCAACAAAUCCCCUGAAUUUCUUAAGAUGAACCCAAUUGGAAAGGUGCCGGUUUUGGAGACUCCUGAUGGUCCUAUUUUUGAGAGUAAUGCCAUUGCAAGAUAUGUCACGCGAUUGACGGCUGAUAAUCCUCUUUUGGGCUCUUCUCCAAUUGAACUUGCUCAUGUUGAGCAAUGGAUUGAUUUUGCUUCCCUUGAGAUUGAUGUACAUAUUGGUCGUUGGUUGUAUCCAAGAUUAGGUUGGGGUGUAUAUCUUCCUCCGGCUGAAGAAGCUGCCAUUGCUGCAUUGAAAAGGUCCUUGGAAGCAUUAAGCACUCAUCUUGCGACCAAUACUUAUCUAGUUGGUCAUCGUGUCACAUUGGCUGAUAUCAUCAUGACUUGUAAUUUGUAUUAUGGAUUCAGCCGAAUCUUCACAAAGAGCUUCACUUCUGAGUUCCCUCACGUCGAAAGAUACUUUUGGACUAUGGUUAAUCAACCAAUUUUUAAGAAAGUUUUGGGUGAGGUAAAGCAAGCUGAUUCUGUUCCAGCUGUUGCUAAAAAGCCUGUUCAGCCUGCAAAGCCCAAGGUUAAGGAGGAGGUUAAGAAGGAGGCACCCAAGCCUAAAGAAGAGGCACCUGCAGCACCAGUAGAGGAGGAAGAAGCACCCAAGCCAAAGGCAAAGAAUCCACUUGAUCUUCUUCCUCCUAGUAAGAUGAUUCUUGAUGAGUGGAAGAGACUCUACUCGAACACCAAAACCAAUUUCCGUGAAGUGGCAAUUAAAGGAUUUUGGGACAUGUAUGACCCAGAGGGUUACUCUCUGUGGUUCUGCGAUUACAAGUAUAAUGAAGAGAACACCGUGUCUUUUGUUACAAUGAAUAAAGUUAGCGGAUUCUUGCAAAGAAUGGAUCUUGCUCGUAAGUACGCAUUUGGAAAGAUGCUUGUAAUUGGUGCAGAACCACCAUUCAAAGUGAAAGGUUUGUGGCUUUUCCGUGGUCAAGAAAUCCCUCAAUUUGUGUUGGAUGAGUGCUACGAUAUGGAGCUGUAUGAAUGGAGGAAGGUAGACCUCAGCGAUGAGGCCCAGAAGGAACGCGUUAGUCAAAUGAUUGAAGACGCUGAACCUUUUGAGGGAGAACCUCUACUUGAUGCCAAAUGUUUCAAGUGAUUCAAUAGUUUGUUUAGAUGAUUGAGCGAGUCAUGUAGUUUCGGGAUUUAUUAAUGUGUUGCCUUUUGAUUAAAUUGGCAGAGUCGAUGACUAUUUUUUGCUAGUUUUCUAUAUGAUCUUUUGUUUUCUAAUGGUUUUUCGGGAUCUUGCCAAGAACAAAAUUUCGAGUUCGUUAUGAAUUUUUUUCUUGACUAUAUUUUUAAAUGGCAAAAA